CCGCUUCCCCCGGGAAGGAGGGCGGUGGCAGCAUCCCGGCUUCUCUCCCCGGAGUCUGCGCCACAUCGCGCUUCCCGCCCUUCUCCUUCAGCUUCGCGGGGGCCCGGCCGCUGCUCCGCCCCCCGGGGAUGCGCUGCUCGGCGGCCGCUCGUCGGAGCUGCACGGCGGGCGGGGAGCGGGAUGGAGGUGGAGGAGGCGUUCCCGCUGGUGGGGCAGAUGGGCCCUUACCAGGUGUACCUGUGCAUCCUGCUGGCUGUGCUCCUCCAGCUCUAUGUGGCCACUGAAGCCAUCCUCAUUGCAUUGGUGGGUGCAAUUCCUCCCUACCACUGGGAUCUCCAAGGGCUCUCAGCUAAUCAGAGCCAUGGCAACCAUUCAGUGAGCGAGCAGAGUGCUUUUGGGGAAUGGCUUCUCACUGCCAAUGGCAGCGAGGUGCAUAAGCACAUACACUUCAGCAGCAGCUUCACAUCCAUAGUCUCUGAGUGGUUUUUAAUUGGCAAUGCAUCAUACAAAGUCAGUGCUGCCAGUUCUUUCUACUUCAGUGGUGUGUUUGUUGGAGCCAUCUCCUUUGGCCAGCUGUCCGAUCGCUUUGGGAGGAAGAAGGUCUAUCUCACAGGUUUUGCACUUGACAUCUUGUUUGCCAUUGCAAAUGGAUUCUCACCCUCGUAUGAAAUCUUUGCCAUUUCCCGAUUCUUGGUAGGGAUGAUGAAUGGUGGGAUGUCACUGGUAGCCUUUGUUCUACUGAAUGAGUGUGUGGGUACAGCCUACUGGGCAUUAGCAGGUUCUAUUGGUGGCUUGUUCUUUGCUGUGGGAAUUGCCCAGUUUGCUUUAUUAGGGUAUUUCAUUCGUUCCUGGAGGACUCUGGCUGUUGUGGUUAAUCUGGAAGGAGCAGUCGUCUUUCUCCUCUCUCUAUUCAUUCCCGAGUCUCCCCGCUGGCUCUAUUCCCAGGGCCGUCUGAACGAGGCAGAAGAUGCUCUCUACGUCAUUGCAAAGAGGAACCGCAAGCAGAAAUGCACUUUUUCAUUAAAACUCCCAGCCGAAAGGAGCUCCAGAGAGGCUGGCAGCUUUCUUGACCUGUUCCAAUACAGGAUUCUCCUGGGACGCACCUUGAUCAUGAUGUUCACCUGGUUUGUGUGCAGCUUGGUUUACUACGGUCUUACCCUUAAUGUGGGUGACUUAGGCGGAAGUAUUUAUGCUAAUUUAGCCCUGUCAGGCUUGAUAGAAAUUCCAGCGUACCCAAUCUGUAUUUACUUGAUUAACCGAAAAUGGUUUGGUCGGAAGCGAACGUUGAGUGCAUUUCUGUUCCUGGGAGGAUUGGCUUGUCUUACUGCCCUGUUUCUGCCUAAGAAGAGAGAUACCGGCGUGUUUGCAGUGGUGAAUAGUCGCUCUCUGUCUUUGCUGGGAAAACUGGCAAUCAGUGCUGCUUUUAACAUUGUCUACAUAUACACAUCAGAACUUUACCCCACGGUCAUAAGGAAUGUUGGAAUGGGUGCCUGCUCCAUGUUUUCUCGUGUCGGUGGAAUCAUUGCACCUUUUGUCCCUUCAUUGAAAUCUGUACAGUGGUCUCUGCCUUACAUUGUGUUUGGAGCAACUGGUCUGUUGUCUGGGCUCUUAAGCUUAUUGUUGCCAGAGACCUUAAACAGCCCUUUAUUAGAAACUAUUUCAGACCUCCAGGUGUGCUCCUACUGGAGGCUGGGUGAUGAAGCUAUGGCACUGCAAGCCCUAGAUGGCUCACAGUCUGAAUACAAAGACAGCUCUACAGGGAGUGGAAGUGAAAAUGAGGAGUUCUAUGAUGCUGAUGAAGAGACUCAUAUGAUCAAGUAAUGAAAAGAAGAAACACUGAUCUAUUUUAUGCCUCUUCUUGCCCAGUCAGUCCAGCUGUAUGACAUGUACCGGGGACCUUGCUUGCCAGGCAAUGUAAUUGGGCAAGUGCCUGUGUUUUUCUUUACGAGGAGAGGGACUUGAGUACUGUUCAGACUGAUGACAUCACUGAUGGUCUCCAUACUAGGCAGCCAUUUCAAUUCUUGUAGUUCAGAAUGACAGUGCAUGGACUGCAUUUGAAGCCAGGUGAGAAAGCAAGAGUGGGAUGAUAUAUUUCAGAAGCCCAGGAAGUAACCUAGGCUUAGACAGAUUUGGACAUCAAUGCACAUGUGUUAGUAUUUUAUUGUCAAGGUGGUGGAUUUUGUUUUAGUACAAAUUGGUAAACUUGGAAACAACCACUGUAUUUUUCCUUAAGGGUGAAAGUAGUCAGAGAAUGUGUUGCGUGCUACUCCAGUGGGAACAAAUUGCUGAAGUUGUAUGUUAAAAUGGCUUUUGCAUAUUUGGGAGAGGAGAGGCAGCUGUGAACAAAAGGUUUCUCUGUGUGCGCACCUGUGCAGAGUUACAGGUGCAGCUGGUUAGUCAUGAGCUGGGCUUUAACUUAGUGAUAAUGGAAGGCUGGGAGGAAGGACUACACAAAAGAGCAGCUACAUAGUCUGUGAACGUAAGGAACAUUACUGUUCUUUUUCCUUCUUUUCAUACACAAAGCUUUUUCUUGGUCCGUCUUGUGCAUAUGUUUGCCACAUGUUCCCACAUCUCAGCAUGGUUGUUUAUAACUUUGCUACUUUUACCUUGUCCUCACUUUGCCAUAGCUAUUGAAGCUCAGCAACUUCUCUGUGGAGUGAAAUAAUUCUGUGAUGGAUAUAAUUUCCUGGGUGUGACAAAGGUGAGGUAUUUAUCAUAUACUCUGUGUGUGUGGUGUGUUAGAAUGUAUAACUCACUUUUCUGGACCUUUCUAAGUCCUUAUUUCUGUAAAGGCGUAACUCUGAGUGGUAAGAGGAACUGUGGGGUGCUGUUAUAUUUUGGGUGGUGUUGUCAGAAAGCUGCUAGUGUUUAUUUUAAAAUCUUAUAUCUAGCUGUGGUUUUCCUUUAAAAAGGAAGCAAAUCUCUUUGGAUCUUUUUGGUUACUUGAUGUUUUUCAAUGUGCUUGCUCAAGCACUUGGUUACUUGACCUUGUUAAGGAAAACAGCUUCACUUUCCUGUUUUCGCUGAACUUUCUGUAAGUGCUUCAUUGGAGGGAUAUGGAAUCCUUAAAUAUGAAACAUGAAUAUGUGAAAUGUUCAAACUACAAAAAUGAGGCCUUACAAAGAUUCAGUUUUCUUGAUUAUAUUAUCAUCUUCGUCUUCUAAGCUGUGGCUUUCUCUUUGUUAAGAUUGGUUUCCAUAAAAUGUUAGUCUUCCUAUUUUGAGUUCUAGAAAAGUGCCACACAAUGGUAGCAAAUAAAUUUUUCAGGCUCAUGAGCCAUUUUCUGCAGAUCUUCGAAUUCAAAAAAGGUGGGUCUAAAAAUAUCAAAAAGCUUUCUGCUGAAAUAUUUCCUGAUUAAACUGAGAAGUUCUUUUACUCAGCAAGGAAGUGAAAGUAAACAGCAUCUGAAGUUUGCAGCUAGCUGCUUGAACUUUGUUCACUGGGAGUGUAAUGCUAAGCAAGGUGCAGCUGUCCUGGUUGGUGCAGAGGGCAGCCCAGAGUCUGCAGUUUCACACAUGCAGUAAUCCAGUUGGAUCUGAACUUGAUCCAGGUGUUGAUUGUGAGGAAAACUGGGAACUUCAGUCCUUAUGGACAUUCUAUCAGCAUGGUUGUGUUUUUUGCCUGUAUUAUGAAUGUCACUGGAAGAAUUCUCAUUCAUAGUCUUUGUCUUUUUCCGCCCCGCCCCCCCCGCCCCCAGACUGCAGAGUAGUUGUUGUAGAUGUGGCUCUUUUUAACCCAACUGGGUAGUCUUUCUGCCUUAUUUAGCCCUUUUGUGUGUAAGAAAAUUUCACUGAAUAGGGUACUCAGAAAUAGUUGGAAAAGUUGAAUCUAUUCAAAUACAUUUAAAUUUUUUACUCACUUUUUAAUUUAUGGACAGCUGGGAAAAUAACUUUUUAUUGCUAAUGGCAAACAGCAGUACACCUGACAUUAUUAACAUGUUUCCAAGAGCCAACAGUUGUUUAUAGGUGUUUGUUGCCUCUGUCCUUCUUCAGGUGUUGGGUGGAAUAUGUCAGGAACUGUCAUUAUCUUCACGGGGUGGCAACCCUGUGUAAUGCCCCAAGACCCUCAGUAGAUUUUUAAUUAACAGUAGAAUCUGCAGUGGUUCAGGUGGAGAAGAUUACUCUUUACAGGACCUGAGCUAGAUUUUGUUAGUCUUCAACUAAAAAUUAAAUUUACCUCUUGCCUCAUGCACUUUUAUAUCAUUAGUAUACAUAUAUAAAAUUGUAAAAACAUAAUUAGCGAAUUUUUGGCAUAGGAAUUGCUGCUCUUUUUUUAACCUUAAAUCUGUCCUCUGCUUUCACCUUUGGAAUUUUGAAGGGCACAUUUAAAAAGGAAUUUUGAAUCUUUCAUUGUAACUUUUCCAUAUCAGUUAAUUCAGAAAGUUUAGAGCAGAGAAUCCCUGCAGGAGGAGCUCAACAAUGUAACGUAAGACUUUGCUCUCCAGCUUUGUGUUCUGAAGUUCAAAUCCAUUAGGUGCAUAAAGUUUCUUUUCUGAGGCUGUUCAUUUAUAGUAUGAGCUGACCUUUUGGUACAGAAAUGUGUAGGAUCAAUUUUCUUCUCACCCAUGGUACGUAAUGCUUUACAAUAUGGAGGUAGUUGUAUCUCGGUGUCUGGGUAGUAAGUUUGCCAUGAAGAGUUAUUGGAAAGCAGAGGAUGAUGCAGCUGGAUAGUCAGUUUAGUGCAUGUUGUAGUGCUAGGAGUCUGAGACCAAGGUUCUUGCUAUAGUUUAGUGCAGUAUAAUAAUCUUCUGCCAUGUUUUUGCUGGAGUAGCCAGUACUGUCAGCUAUUUUCAUGUUAUGCAGACGCUAAGAUACCACUUUUCCCAAGAUAGAAUUUCUUCUCUGGAUUCCUUUGGCUGUGGUUUUUUGGUUUUGGUUGGUUUUUUUCAGGUAGCUCACUUUGUGGGAUUAUGCUAGGGAGAAGAGACCUUUUCCCAUGGUGCUGAUUAGUCAGGUCUCAGCAGAAUCCCAAACAUACCUCACCUACCUGGGGAGCUCACAAGUGAUAGGUAAGUACAGCUAAGAGUGAAGGAGAGUGACAGGUCAUGUGAGGCAGCAUGGAGGAGAAUGAACUGGAAGAAGUUUAAAAAAAAAAAUAAAUGGAGGAUUCAACUGAAACGCUUGAGGGCUAGGGUAAGUUAAGCACAAAAUAGCAGCUGUUGGGUAGAAAUACCCUUCUUGAAGCUUUUGCUUUCAGAGCUAGUAUUGGUUCCAGGAUGUCAUAUUGGGGACAACAGUUUCAUAAUUUCCUUUUUAAUGUCCUCUGUCCAGCACUGCCUCUUCAGUGCCCCUUCUUUUUGAUCCAAACAUUUAUUUAGAUCAAAAUAAAAUGUGGCCUGCCCCUUUUCUUUUGGACUCAGCUUCUUUAUGAAAUGGCAUUGCACCCAAAAUAAUUAAAAUUGGUAAGCCCUGUUUGGAGAUUUUUGUAUAACUGGUCAUUAUGGCUUAAUUUGUCAGCUUUCCUUUAGGAUAGGAAUGGUAGAAUUAUUUGUUGUGUUUGUCAUACAACCUCUUGUGAAAUUAUGCUUCAGCAUUCUAAAAGGAUUUUACUACCUGGCUUCUUUUGGUAGGCUGAAGAGAAUACAAUACAAAAGUGAUUAGACAAGUUUAUUUUUUUUUAAUUUCUCCUGACAACAAAGCUAGUGCUCUCUGUUUAGGACUGCUGUUCAGAGACCCCUGACAUAUCAGGAAUUUAGAAGCCAUGUGUUAAAGGAGAGCCAAGGAUGACUCUGUGUUGAGUGAAGAACCUCUCCAGAGACACCUAACUAACAUGGAGCAGGUUGUAGCUUGUUUCCAGCAUAGUUACAGUGAAGGCUUUAAGGAUGGGAGCCACAUGCUCAUCAGCUCGAAUUGUGCAAUCAAUGCCAGUGUUUCCAGACUCUGUGGAUGUUCUGAGGAUAGUAGGAUAUCAUUUACAAAACCAGGGGGAAUGCAGUUGAGCCAUACAUUUUACAGUGUGUUUCACCUAGGCGUAUAAAAGCAGUUUGCAAGAGAAUGUUUUUCUUGCACUGAGGAAAAGGGAAAAGUGAGGAGUUUUUUUCAUUGAGUGUGUUAAAAUGAGCAUUUGAGCCAAAACUCUUGUUCCUGAGUCUUCUGAAUGCAGAUAAUAAUCACUGAAUGCAGAUUGGGUUAGUAGUAUUUUGUUUUAGCUGAAGGUUGGUGUGCUAUUUAUUGCUGUUCCCACCCUUUGAGUUUCUCUGGUCAUGCUCUUUGACGCAGCUGAAUCUGUGACAGCAAACUGUGAACUUUGCAGUAAAGAUGUCAGAAAAGCCCAAGAGCGGUGCUGUCAUUUGAUGGUGGAAAGUAGUCUGGCCUGACACAAUGCUUGUUUCAGAAAUGUCUAUAUUCAGCUGUUUACCAGACAGGAGACUUAGAGUAUAGCUAUAUUUGAGUUUCAUUCAUUGUAUCUUACUGCAAGAUGGGUAGAAAGACACCUAUGUAAGAAAACCUCUCUGGCAGAUCUAAAUGUAGAAUUGGAGGGUGAAUAAAUUUAUACAUGAUUUUUCAUGCUGUGUACUUUAAUGUAUUUUAAUUUUGUCUAGUCUGUUGUAGCCUUCAGAUUUUCCAGGUGCUACUGUUACUUAAGGCUAGUAGAGCUGCGUAAGACUUUUACCCAGAUAGUCUGAAUUUACUGAAUCUUCUUGUUUUGAUUUUGGUACUAUUCACUGUUUCUGUCAUUCUGAAAAAUGCUCCUGUAUUGCUUAAUAGGGAAUAGAUUUUUUUGUUCUAAUUUGAAGUGCCUGUUUUAUAAAAGUAGUCUUUAAUUUCCUCAGUCAGUUUUAUAUGGGACUAUGUGUAAAGUAGCAUCAUAGAAUUGGAUUAUGUAAGUGCCAAAGACAGAUUUUGCUGGAAAGCAAUACUUCAAAACUAGUUCUAGCUGCCUACAUUUAGAAUUUAUCCAUGCAGCCUGCCAGAACUGGUAUUUUCAAGCAUCCCUGAGACUACAGGGGCAGAGAGUUACCUUUGUUUGCUUGUCUUUCAUUGCUCAGUUCACUGAAGUAGCCUUUGUUUCUGUAACCAAAGAAAUUAAAUAAAGGAUUAAAGGGUUUGUUUUGUAGAACAUUCAGAAUUUGUACCAUGUAGCUGUAACAAAGAAAUCUGCAGAACCUGUUUAAUUCUGAGUUACAAAUGUCAAAGUUUACACUAAGACUGAUAAGACCUGGUUAAAAAGUGCACACUGUAAUUUGUUAGUUCAUUCAUCAGUCUUACAAAUUAGUACUGCUAGUAAACAGUUUGCCUGGAGCUUCAUGGGAUAUAGCAGAUUUUUAUAAAAUGCACACUCUGUUUAAAGCAUAGCUUAAUAAUACUGUAUUUAAAUCUCUAUUACAACUGAUAUUCACUGUAAAUCAGCCUUGUCAUGGCUGCAUGUUUGUCAGCAGAAAAGCAGGCGGGUAAAACUUUGUGCAGCAAGGGCUGAUUAGGCCCAGAAGAAAGAUUAUUUCUUUCAAGCCAUUCUCCACUAUGUGUACAGAAUAAAGGAGGAGCACAGAGUGUAUACAGCAAGACUGUCGGAUAGAGUAUAUUAAAAUUCUUGCCAACCCUCAUUCACUAAAGGUUUCUAGAGGAAAUCUGUCUUUAUCAUGCAUGUUACUGCUUCUCACCAACACACCUGAGGUGCUCAUAUUAUACCUGCUUUGUCAGGAGCCAGGCAAAAGUACAGCGGUAAGAAAACCUUUGCCAGUAUUGAAACUUGUAUUUACUUCCUGGGAGAGGUAUCUGGUACAUCUGUUUUCAAAUAAAAUGUUUUUAAAUUACGAAAGCCUGACUGGGAGACAUGCAUUUUUGAUGUUAGUCUGUAGGAAAAAUCAGUUUUGCAGAUGCUGAUGAAAAUUGUUACCAAGCAAACAACUGCUAGGUGAUUUGUGAUGAGAGUGGUGUAUGCUUUGAUUUCAAGUAUGCCUCUAAAAUACUGGUUUCUAGUAUUUGAUCCCUUUCACUCCUCAAAAUCCAACCCAAAUUUUCUUUUGUUCUUGUUAAAAUUUGGGUCAUGUGGAAAUGGGAAGUAUAUUUUUCAUAUGGAUAGUUUUAUUGCAUUGCCUUUGCUUCCUUAAUCAAAUAGUAUUUUGAUUUUGUAACCUACCUCUUUAUGUUGAGCUUUUUUUUCUUUUUACUUUUGUAUGUAAUUGAUUUUGGGGAAACUACAAAAUAAUUCCUUUUUCUAUUUGUGUGGGAAUCCAUGACUUAAAGUACUCAAGUCAUCCUUCUCUUUUAAAGGUUUUGUCAAAGGCCUCUUAAAUUUAGUUAAAAGACUUAAAACUUAUAAAGAGCAUCAUAAUUGCACACUUAGAACAUGGUUUUUCUGUAUAUAUUAUUUGCCUAUGAAAGGGACAGAAAGCCCUUAAUUUUAUACUAAUGUCAGCUGAAGACAUGACUUUUCAGGGGCAGUAAGUUUUGAGUUGGGAAAUUUUAAUCAAUUUAAUUUAUUGCCAGUUAGAGUUUUUUAUUACUGCUUUGGUAUUGGAAUUAAAAAUAAUGAAAACACUUUGGGAAAAUACUGCUGCUUUUCUCCAGACACUUGUCUUCCUUCUCUUUCCCCGUGCCAUCCUCCAAUUCCCUGGCUGCUUGUCAUGCUCAGUCCCUUCAGCAAGGCAAUAGGCAGUGCAGGAGACUGAGAUCAGUCUGUUCUGCUUCUGUUUAUUCAUUUCUCUUUGUUUCUUGUUUCGCUGCUCUCUUCUGGGUUUCAUCACCAGCCUCAGUCCCUUUAGAGUUGUAGCUCCUUUUGAGUCUAUUCUCAGCCUCUGCUCAGGCUGAUUUUUCUUUGAUGUUUCUCCAGCUCAGCUGUGUCUCAGUUUCUCUUGUGCUGGCAUGGGCUUACCCUUUUUCCUCGUCCUGUUGUAGCACUGUAAUCUCUUUUUACUGGCAUUUACAGUCCUUUCUUAAACAUGUUUUUGUCCAUGUGCCAGCAGCUCCUCUGGUGCUGCUGGAGUGCAGUGUGUCGGUGCUCACUGGGCCUGAGAGGCAAUGGACUCUACCUGAAACACAGAAGUAUCCAUCUGAACAUAGGGAAGCACCUUUUUAGCGUCAGGGAGAUGGAGCACUGGCACAGGUUUCCUGGAGAGGUUGUGGAGUCUCCAUGUGUGCAGAUAGUCAGGAGUCAUGGGGACAUGGUCCUAGGCAGUCUGCUUUAGUAGUUGGCUCUGCUUGAGCAGGGAGGUUGGGCCAGGUGAGCUCCAGAGGUGCCUUCCAUCCUCAGCCAUUUUGUGAUUCCUGUACUGGCUGCUACUGAGCUGUCUCGGACCAGCACUGGCAGUCCCUGGCAUCUCCCCUCACAAGACACCCUGUAGCCCCUUCACUGCCAAAGCCCUGACAGCCAUGCUUAUACACCACUCUGCAGGGUUUUCUUGCAAAUCAACUCCUGGGCUUGGGCUGACAGGUGGUUGGUAUUGUGUUGCCUUUCUGUGUUGCUGUUGUCUUAGGUCUAGUAACUGAAACUCCUAAGGACAUAAAUGGACAUUUAUAGCCAAGCUCUGUCUCUGUGUGCAUUUGCAUUCUUGCUGACUUCAGAAGACAGAACUUAGACCUCCUCUUGACCAGAGGACCAGCCAAAGGGGUAAACUAUCUUUUUUCUGCUCCACAUUUCAUCAUCAUGAAAACAAAUCUUUGUCUAGUCUCUAUAUCCUGUAAACUUUUGCAUUGUUUUCUUGUUCCUGUUUAAUUUGAACUAACAAUCAAAAGUCCUUGCCAGUUGAGAGCUGAGUAACAGGAAAUUGGCAUGGGGACAGUUUAAAAAUGAGGUUGUAUAAAGUUGAUGUGUGUACUGUUAAAUAUUUAGUUUGGAAUAAAGCAGUGCUGAGUGUUAUGAGCCUUCCCAUGUUAAAAUGAGAACUGGUAUCUUUCAGAAGUGUUUUCUCUAACUGUAUUAGCGUUCUCUUGUUAACUCAGAUGUAUACUGUUGGAAAGUCUGUUUGUAAAAUACUGCAUCUGAGAAGUCACAACUGAGACAGCAUAAGCUUUUCACAGUGAUCUGUUCGUAAGUUCUGUGAAUCUGUUGGAUCCAUCGUUUUAAGAUUCCCUUUGCCAUAGAUGAGGGGCCAUAACAAAUGUUGAAAUAUUCAGAAUAAUUGCACUUAUCUAUUCUGUUUUCUUAAUGUAUUUCCUAUGCAUACUGCCUUAUCUGUAUGUUUUGUACUUCACUGGAGGUAUGAAAAGUAAAUGUCAGGUUCUUAAUUUACAACAUGUUAAUGAGUUUUUAAAAUAAUUCUGUAAUACUAAAUAUUUUUCAUAUUCGCUAAUACUAAAUAUUAUUCUCUGUCUACUAAGAGAGGGUGAUAAUGGAUAAGCCCAGGCGAAUUUAGUAAAAAGUUAAUAUUGGUGGUCUUUGUCUUUUAAUUUCGAAAUUAUUUCAAUAAUUUUAAAUACAUCUUUUAAGAAUUUUGUAGAGACUAACCUAUGUUAGUAAGCCAACUUUCAGGUGAUUUGUAACAGCUCUGAUACUGCCUCUGACUCGUAUAGUUCAUCCAAUGUCUUUGUAACUUACUUUGUGCCUUUUCUUCCCGUGACACGAAAUGUCUCAAUAAAAACAAGUUAUUUUGCAA